AUGCUGGAGCUGGCAGCGAGACUCAGCCAUGCAGCCUACCAUGGCGAUGAGGCGGCGGUGCGGCAGCUGCUGGCGGCAGGUGCUCAGGCGGAUCAAGCCACCGAGAAUGGCAGGCUGCCGCUGCACACCGCCAGCUUCCAGGGCCAUGAGAGGGUGGUGAGGCUGCUGCUUGAGGCUGCGCCAGCCACGGCAUCAAUGGAAGACAACCUGGGGCAGACAGCCCUGCACCAUGCUGUGAAGUGCAGCCCAGCCCAAGCUGUCGUGCGGCUGCUGCUGGAGGCUGCCCCAGACACCGCCUUGGCGGUGGACAGCUAUGGCUGGACGCCGCUGCACUUUGCGGCUGAGAUCGGGAACAUUGAAGUGUUGAAGCUGCUGCUGUUGGCGGCACCAGCAGCAGCCGCAAUGCUCGACGCAGACAAGCAUGCACCCAUCCACCUCGCCGCCUCCAGCCACAACGCGGCAGCCGUGCAGCUGCUGCUGGAGGCGGCACCAGAGCUGGCUUUUGCACCGGAUACUUUUGGCGGGACGCCGCUGCGCCUUGUGCUGCUCUACGGCCGCCACCGUCCAACAGAGCAAGUCGAGGAGAAAGCCCGCUGCCUGCUGCGGGCGGCGCCAGCGGUGCAGCCAGCCCUGGGCAUCCUGCUGCAGUACAGCCAUCGCUCUGCUACCCUCUUCGCCGACCUGGUGGCCCGCCUGCCGCUCAGCCGCGAGCAGUGGCACUCGAUUCCUGCGCCCUGCACCGACCUGGCUCGAGCGCUGCCAGACGUCCUGCAGCGCUCGACGGCCGAGGCGGGUUGGCUGGUGGGGCGGCUGGCAGAGGGGCAGCGUGGGCGGCUGCGGGCGGCGGCGUUCGGCCUGGCGCGGGCGCAGCGGCAGGGCAGCGCUGUGCUGCCGCCGUAUCAGAUCGGGCGCAUCCUGGCGCUGGCGAUUGCGGUAUAG